GGUUGGGACUGAUUUUCUAUUCUUCUUGAGAGAUACCGUGAUGAGCUUGAGAGCAUGAUGGAAUGGGAGAACCAGGAGCACCAAGAGAACCAGUCCAGGAGGGAUGGUGGUGUCGAUGUUAAUGUCAACAAUGGAGGAGGAGUAAUGUAUGUGAAGGUCAUGACAGAUGAGCAGCUGGAGACUCUCCGGAAGCAGAUUGCGGUUUAUGCCUCCAUUUGUGAGCAGCUUGUUGAGAUGCACAAAAACCUCACUGCCCAUCAGGAUCUUGCAGGAGGUAGGCUUGGAAAUUUCUAUUGUGACCCUUUAUUGACAUCUGCUGGGCACAAAAUUACUGCUAGACAGCGGUGGACACCAACACCUGUUCAGCUUCAAAUUCUGGAACGUAUCUUCGAUCAAGGGACUGGAACUCCGAGCAAGCAAAAGAUCAAAGAAAUAACUUCGGACCUUAGUCAGCAUGGCCAAAUUUCUGAAACAAAUGUCUAUAACUGGUUCCAAAAUAGACGUGCUCGGUCUAAACGGAAGCAACUUGUUUCAUCCUCUAACAAUGCUGAAUCAGAAGUAGAGACAGAAGUUGAGUCUCCAAAUGAGAAGAAGACCGUUCCAAAACCAGAGAAUCUUCACCUUCAACAGAACUCUGCUCCCACGGCUGAAGAUCUUUGCUUCCAGGGUCCUGAGAUAACAUCUGAUCUGCAUUUCUUGGGUGUUCUUUCGAAUCCAAGAGAUGGCCAUCUGAAUGGAAAAAUGGGAUUGCCAGGGGGCUAUAAUCUCUAUGACCAGGCAGAAGAUUAUGGUAUGGCAUGAUGAUGAGACUCAGCUUCACAUGCCAUCUUAGUAAAAUCUGUUCAACAAAGUCAUUAUAAUGACUGGAAGACAAUUCCCACGACCACGAAGUCCAUGCUUAACCUAGUGAUUCAAUAUUUGUAGUUUGAAGAUUACCCAGAAACUUAUUUUUAGUUGGACAUGCUUAACAGUAUAUGAUUUUCUUUUGUCUAUUUGAAUCUUGAUAUGCUGAUUUGAGUAGCUUUCAUUUUGUAUAUUGUUAAUACUCCCUACUCUACUAUGCUUUAAGAAGUCCUUGUGAAAUGACAAUGA